UGUAACCUAGUUUUUUAAAAAUUUAAUUGAAUAAUAAUUCCAUGUUACAUAUUAGUAAGAUUAGCUGAUACAAACCAUCUAUAAUUCCUUACUAAGACCAGGAACCAUACCAACGCAAUCAACCAAUCAGCGCGUUGUAUUUCGUUUUGAAAUUUGUCAACAGAAAGUGAAUGCCGUCGAUUCAAUAAUUUUUACCAUUAAAUGGAUGAUAUCCAAGUUGACCUCACAUUUAUCAAUUUAGAUAGGCGAAAAACCAAGGGGGAGGAAAAGGACUCUAAGAUGUCAUGCCUCGAUGUUUCAGAGGAUUUGAAGAAUUUGAAAGAACGCAUGAAAAAACGACAAGCGGCCUCAAAUGUCACAUCGAAUCAGAGAAUAAUUAGUAAACAAAAAGCAUCAAAGGAAAAAGAAAAGCCAUCUAGUUGUUUACGAUCUACAAUACAAAUAAAUAACAAAGAGCUAGCCCUUCAAGUGGAAGAUCUGAAAAGACUCCUUCAUCAGAGAGAAACUGAGCUUAAUAAUUUAAAAAUUGAAAACGUAAAUUUACUUCAAGAAAAACAAAAGCUAGAGAUAAGAAAUCAAAACCCUGAAGCCAUGCUAUCGCUAAUUGAACCAGUGUGUAAUGUUACCUCUCUCAUUCAAGAACUCUAUGAUAAUGUUAUAGGAAUGCAAAAUCAUAUUCAUAGUGAAACAAAGACAUCUAGUUUAUGGAAAAACUUGAUAAGAGAUGGUCGUCAAUAUAAUCAUACGUCAUUAGAAAAUCUGGAAUCUGAAGAAUUAAUAACUCCGGAGCCUGUUGGAACUAAACACAUAUCUAGACCUCAAAUGGAGAGGAGUCAGCUUAGUCCAGUAGCUAAAUCACCCGAUUUAAGUGUUGUACCUGAAAUGUCUGUUAAUGAAUCGGUUAUGCAUAGAGUAUUGCCAGACGCAACAAUGUAUCGCUCUAUGUAUAAUGUUACAACGUUACUUGAAGAGCCUGAAAAUGAGGAGGAAAAUGAUGAUAACCAAAUAGAAGAGAACUAUCGUAUGGACAUGGAAGAGAAUGUCCCAAACGUUAUAGAGGAUACUCAAAAUGUUGAAGAAGAUAUUGCUAUACCAGAUAACAAUGAUAUUGAAGAAGCAGUUGAGAUCAUUCCUGAUUCAAGAGCUCAAUCUGUUGAGAAGGAAGCACUUGACAACAUAGCAGAUGAGACUGAGAAAAAAUCUCAAGAAACAUCGUCAGAUAGUCAAAUUAUAAAUUCAGUUCAUCAUGAUGAACGUCCAUUCGUUCACAUGUUUAUACCAUUUAACGAUAAACCCCGAAAGAAUCAAAAACGAUAUUCAAGGCAAAACAGUACUCAAAAAAAGGACAAAAAAGAUACGGAAAAACCUAUAGAAAACGGCGACAAACUGGAACAAAACGAUCGAAAGGUAGAAAAUCCUUCAAAGGAAAAAAAAUUAAACAUCGACAAAUCAACUAACGAAAGGUCUGAGAAGAAUCAAGAUAAUAAAUUAGGAGAAGAUCUACAAGGUCAGAAUAAAUUGGAAGUGAAGGACAAUGAAGCUAUUUCCAAGAAAGUGACAAAUAUUGAGAAAAAACAAGUGAGAAUUGCAUCUGACAUUGAAAAGGAUAAGCAAAAACCCAAUUCGAAGAGACAAUUACAAAAGCCAGGAACAAAAAAUAAAGAUACAUCCAAAGUUAAAGUUACCAAGAUUGAAGAGACUAAAGAGUCGGUAACAAAACCGAUAAACAACAUACCAAAUGGUGCAACUCUGGAAGCGGCUAUUGAUAAGAAUAAUACAAAUCUCGAUAUAAUCGAUAUGGAGUUGGAUAGUGUACUUGUAAGUGAAAAACAAUUGGAUGAUAUGAAACAAUCUAAACGAACGUCGAAAUUGCCAAGAUCGAAAGAUAAGAAAGUUUGUGCUUACAUUAGUAAAGGUGAGAUCAGCUUUUGUGCUGAGAAAAUUGACAAGAAAGUUGAGAAAAGUCGUUCGAGGCAAAGGAAAACAAAUAGUCUUCUUCCUAUUAAACCAAAGAGUAGAUGUCGUAGUCAAUCGAGGGAUAGAGUACAACGAAGGAAGAUUAGGAGAUUAUCAGAACCGGAUUUAAACAAAACAAAAGACGUAUACGAUAUGUCGGUAACAAAGUCUUUUCUGGAAGAUGAUGUUAUUGACGAUAUAGGAAAGAGAAUAAGGAUAGCCGAAGAUGAAAAGAAAAAGAAACGAGAGAUGGGCCCACCAUCUAUUUUAAAUCAUAAGUACAACGUAAAGAACAAAGUAAAGUCAACUGUUAGUUAUUCAGAUAAUGUUGAACUCCAUGAAAUAUCGAAUAACGAGGAAUUAGAUUCAUCUCAACCAAAUGAUAAGGAAAUUGAAAGAAAAGCUCGAAGGAAAAGUUUUAUUGUUCAGGAAAAGAUUAAUAACUCAAUAGAUAACGAAAAUGACAAUUCUAUAGCAGAUAUUAUUAUUCCAAAUAGUCCGCCAAUGGGUAUGAUAUUCAUUUAUUUUGUCCCUAAAGGUUAAUAUUUUAAUAUGUAUAUAACACAAUAUAGAUCCGUCACCCAGAAAAGCGUCUAGUGGUAGUCCAGUAGAGAGGCGUCGAGCCGCUGCUGGAAAUAAAAAAUACAUUUUGGAAAGUAGUACCGAUGACAUAUUAGAUGAUCCGGAUGAUGAAACAUUUCACGUCAGUCCUGUACGUCGGAAAGAGUCAUUGGCCAAAGCCAAAAGGGCUAGUCGGGUAAAGUCGGUUCGACAGAGUGUAAUUAAAGCUGAAUCCCGAAAAAAAGAUAUAAUACCUUCCGAAAGUCCUAAUUCUAUUCAUAUUAAGGAAGAGAACAUUGCAUCCAAUGUAUCGGAUGACUCUCCUUGUGUUGGGGAAAAUCGCGUUAAGAAGAGAGCCUAUAUUCUUGACGAAACGCUAGACUCUACAGAAGACAAGUCGCCGAACAAAAAAUCAAAAGAUAAAGAUGAUUUAGAUGAUAUACAUAUAGAAGAUAGUAUUGUAGAAACUGUUCCAAUAGAUAUACCGGAAGAAAAGCCGAAGAAGCAAACAUCUCGAAGAAGUAAAAUGAUUGAUGGUCAAAAGAAGAAAACAGCGAAGACUAAAGAUAAAACUAAAUCUCCGAAAAAAACUAGAACUAGUACAAUCAAUCGUAAGGGGAAUAGAAAUUCCGUUUUAACUAGGAAGACUACUAUAAUAGAAGAUUCUAUAGUUGAGGAUGUAAUGAAUGGAGAAGACGAAAAUCGUGAGACUGUUGAAAAGGCUGUAAAGAGAUCGUCCGUAAGAGUUAAAUCGAAGAAUGAUCCUCUAACGGAAAUACCAACUGAGAAUAAAAAGUCCAAAAGAGGUAGAAAUAGCUCAAUUUCUUUUUGUUCAAUAAGUACGUUAUCAGAGGAAGGCGAAGAGAGAAGAUCAAGACGAACAAAACAAAUUUCAUAUAAAGAACCUAGUUUAAAUACAAAGAUGAGACGAGACGGUCCCGCUUUCACUGACAAAGUAAAAACAGCGACUAAGAAACGACAUAAAGAAACCAAAUCUAAAUAGACUAUGUACAAUAUUAGUGAAAAUUUUGAAUUUCUUUUUUUUAUGAUUUUUUUUCCCUCCUUUUUUAGACUGGUUUUAUCCAACAUGCUAAUAUGUGAAAUUAAUUAGGGUUUCUUUAAAUAAAUUGUUUAAAUAUAUACAUACAUAUAUAUAUAUAUUAUAUAUAUAGAGCAGCUAUUUCUUCAAUUGUUUAUUUACGAUAAAUCUGUCAUAGUAGCUGUUUUAAAUGGGAUUUGUAUUCUAAAAAGAAAGAUCGUGAUUGUAAAGGAUGUAAUUAAAAAUAUGGAUAAUUAAUUAACUUAUUGCAUGUACAGUACAUGUUUAUUGUAAUAUUUGUUUUAUUUAUAUCUAUAUAUAUACAUAUUAUU